AUGAAAGCCUCCGUUUCUUUCAGCGCUCAGUAUCAUUAUCGGCAGAACAUUGUUGAUAUUCAAAAUAAACUUCUGGAACGAAUAGACAGUCUAAUAUCGUCGUUGGCGGCUCUAGCCCCUGGUCCCUCUACUGAGCCUGAGCCAGAAGAAUUAAAACAAGAACGGCGAAGGGCGAGUGACAUGCUAAACGCCCAUUUAAUAUGUUUCCAAAGUGCGGCCUUUGCGGCACGGGAUCUUGCCGCGCAACAGGCUGCUUUUGUUUUCGAAAAGAUAAAUAAGCAUCGACCGGAGGAAGUCCAAGAGAAACGUGGGAAAACAGCGAAAAAAGAUCGGAAAGAGAAGGAAGUGCCGUCGUCAUCAAAAUCCGAUCGAACGAAUCAACGAGAGAAAGCCCAACCUGCCAAGAAUUUAGUGAAAACGAGUAUGUGA